GUUAGUUAAAGAAAAGAACUCUACAUAAGGCCGUCUUCAAACUCUGAGUUUCAUCAGGAAUAUAAAGUUUUGCCAAAACCUGGCAAUCUGAACAAUCACUCUCUAGUCUUGAAAAUUUCCAAUGGAUGAAGCACUGAGACUUCGUAGACCCUCACACCGGGGAUACCGAACGCUCCCAUCAAGUUACCCUGGUUCGUCUCAGCAAAAGCAGAGGAAUAUACUGUGGAAGGUCUUGAAACAAGUAGCUUUGAGGGUUAAGAAAUCCAUAGGACACAGGAAGGAAAGCAAUUCAGAAAAGCUUCAGGAGCCUCUCUUGGAUGAUAGUAGUAAUUGGCUUCACGAUGGCCAAAUACCAGCUGAUCAAGGAAUUCAAAAGGAACCCAGUUACCAUACAUGUCAUCAGAAUUCAAUGAGAAUGAAAAUAUAUGUGAAAAUUCCAUCAAAUCAGAAGACAAUUGUAUUUGAAGCAAAAGGGUACUAUAUCAUCAAUGACAUCAAAUCCAUGAUUCAGUUGAAGGAGGGAACUCAAUCAGACCAGUACACUUUAGUUUAUGGUGGGAAACUACUUCAAGAUUAUCGGACAUUGGCCUCGCUUGAUAUACGGACAGAAUCAACCCUUUAUAUGAUUUUUAAUCCAAGAGAUGUUAUGGCAAUUUUUGUGAAAACACCAAGUGGAAAGAUUGUCAAGGUUGAAGUUAAGGUCUUGUACACACUCCGGAAUGUCAAAGCGAUUGUUGAGAGCUUUAUAGGAUGUCCUGUUGCUGAUUGUAGAAUUAUUUAUGAAGGAAAUGAGCUGCAGGAUUGCAAGACUUUGGCUUUCUACAACAUUGAAGAAAAUUCCACUUUAGAGGUGCUGCCUUCUUGGAUUCAGAUAUUUAUUAAGACAUGGAAUGGGAAAACCAUUACGCUUGAUGUGGCACGAUCGAAUACUGUCAGAGAGGUGAAGGACAAGAUAUUUUGUAAGGUUAGAGUACCAGUUCAUUUUCAGAGUAUUGUAUUUUCCGGAAAACGCCUUGAAGAUAAAUGGCGUCUUGCGAGAUACAACAUCGAGAAAGACUCCACUCUCCACAUGGUCUUGGCUUGGUGAACCAAAUUCCACUAUCAUUCAUGAUACCAGAGGAAAUGCAAGCAAGAGUUGAACUUCUGUAAUAAGGGCGCUGUUAGAUACGUUCCUUUGGGUUUGAUGAAGAUGUAUAGUGGUUCCCAGUGAAAGAUUUUAUUUAGAAAAAGGGUGCAAGUCAUCUUAAGUUUGCAUUUCUUAAUCUUUCAUAUUACAAAAGUUUGAUGAACUCAUUUGGUGA